GCGGCAGGCUACGAAUGCUACUGCAAAAUUAUUAAAAGGAAAAAAUUAUUUACAAUUAUACAUUUUUAUUUUUAAAGAUAGAGGUUAAAUAGCAUGAUUUUCAUUGACAAAUAAUUAAUAUAAAUGACAUAACCUUCAUUCUGUAUAUUUCCGUAAAUGUGUUUUGAUAAAAACACUUGAUAAAUGAUGCAUUUGCUAAGUUAUAAUAUGUUUUCUUCCUAACUUUAGGAUAAAAAUGCAUCUGCCCUGGGUCUGGAUCACUCUCUGCUUGCUAUGUCCCACUGUGAUUUAUGGCGGGAAAGUUCUAGUUUUCCCACUGGACGGAAGCCACUGGGUGAACAUGAAAGUAAUUAUUGAGGAGCUGCAUUCAAGGGGCCACCAGGUUUGUGUUAUGCGAUCAACAGACAGCUGGUACAUCAAGGAAACCUCCCCAUUCUAUACUUCAAUUGCACUCGAUACAAAUUCUGGAUUCAGUGAAGACUUUUUAACUGAGUUUGUGGCCCAGUUGCUGGCAAUCCAGAGAGAAGGGAAGUCUGUCUGGACACGUUUUAAACUGGAAAUGGAACAAGCGGAAAAGAGCAGCGAGAUGAUUGAGGCAUCGUGCAAAAUGCUUGAGCUGCUUUUUGAAAACAAAGAUCUUAUACAGUCGCUACGGGAUGCCAAUUAUGACCUCGUCCUCACAGACCCUGCUAUGCCAGCGGGGGUUAUACUCGCCCACUACCUCAGGUUGCCUCUUGUUUUCAACGUCAGAUGGACGAGUCAAGGCGAAGGCCACUUUUCAAUUGCGCCUUCUCCUCUUUCUUAUGUUCCAAUGACAGGCACCGAGCUUUCAGAUAAAAUGAGCUUUCUAGAGAGACUUCUCAACGUAUUCUUUUUCGGCUUCACAGAAUAUCAAAUUGCACGCUAUAUUUUACCACAUUAUGAUGGCUUGGUCAAAAAAUAUUUAGGUCCAGACGUAGACUUUUUAUCCCUGUUUCAAGCUGCAGACCUGUGGCUGAUGAGAGUGGACUUUGUGUUUGAGUUCCCUCGUCCAACCAUGCCUAAUGUUAUCUAUAUGGGAGGGUUCCAGUGUAAACCUGCGAAACCUCUUCCUGAACACCUGGAGGAGUUUGUGCAGAGUUCUGGAGAGCACGGGGUCGUCAUGAUGUCUCUGGGGACUUUGAUUGGAGAGCUUCCACGUGACCUCGCUGACGAGAUCGCUGCAGCUUUUGCUAAAUUACCCCAGAAAGUCAUCUGGAGAUAUAAAGGUGAAACACCAGCCACUCUGGGCAACAACACUUUAAUAGUAGACUGGAUGCCACAGAAUGACCUCCUAGGACAUCCCAAGAUGAAACUGUUCGUGGCUCAUGGAGGAACAAACGGCGUUCAGGAGGCGAUGUACCACGGAGUCCCUAUCGUAGGACUUCCAUUGAUUUUUGAUCAGCGUGAUAAUCUACUUAGAAUUGACAUAAGAGGAGCUGGGAAGAUAAUUGAUUUUUUCAGUAUGAAUGAAGCCAUCUUCUUACAGGCCUUACAGGAAGUCCUGAACGAGCCCUCCUACAGGAUGAACAUGCAGAGACUCUCCAGGCUGCACAGAGAUCAGCCAAUGAAGCCGCUGGAUACCGCCCUCUUCUGGAUAGAGUUUGUCAUGAGACAUAAAGGUACAGCUCACCUGAGGACAGAGUCCUACAGACUGCCCUGGUAUUCCUACCACUCUGUUGAUGUGGUGCUCUUCUUAUUCGGAGUUGUGCUGGUAAUUCUUGUGCUCAGGUGUUUUUUGGUUCAAUGGCAAGCAAAAAACACAUGCAUGGAGGUGAUGUAUCAAAAAGACAUGCAUUUACAUUGCAAAAUCAAGUUACAGGCCUAAAAGUUCAGUAAAACUAAUCAAAAGAAGGUUACCAUUAAAAAAGUUUUUUAUUUUUAGAAAGCUCAGUCUUGGUUUUUGAUACAACGAAUGAAAUGACAUUAAUUCCAGUGAUGAUGGGGAGCGUCUCUCAUUUUAGUCUGAUCAUUUGACUUUCAUUCAAAAAGUCAAUUUGUUGCUGAAAUUCUAAGAAUGACUUUUUGCAUAUUUUAAAAAUAAAGUUGUUCAAGUGAUUUUGAACAAAACAUCUAGUCACAUUACACAUGCAUGUAAUGCUCUUUGAACAUGUGGCCCCUCGAUACCUGUAACCUCAGACCAGAGUCCACACAGAUAAAAUGUUGACCUUUAGGAGCAAGGGUCAACAAAAUGUACCGUAACACUGCUGCUUUAGAGGGAAGAAAAUAAAAGCAUUUUCAAAAUAUGUGGCUACUGUUCGUGAGUUUGUGGAGAGAACCAUGUAUGUUUUUGCUCUUUUCUCUCUGAUUUCCAAGACGUUUCAAAUUCACUCUUACACUGCAGCACAAUAUACUUGCAUUUUACAUUUUUAAACGACUACGGUUUCUCCUCAAUGUUGCACAGUAAUGAAGAUUCAUGUUCUUGUCUUCCAAGCCAAAUGUAGGCUUGUUUAAACAUAUCCAAUUUCACACAUACAGAUUAUAGUGACACACCACACCCGGGAUAUAUUGGGCUCUUGUAUGCUUAAAUCCUUUCUUAAUAUGAACCUUAAUGUGUAUGUUUUUACCUGUAGGGUUUUGUACAUUAAUAUGAACUAUUUUUAUAAAGCUCAGUCUUGGUUUUUGAUACAACACAUGAAAUUACAUUAAUAACAGUGAUGAUGGGGAGCGUCUCUCAUUUUAGUCUGAUCAUUUGACUUUCAUUCAAGAAGUCAAUAUGUUGAGAUAAUGAAUGCUGAAAUUCUAAUGACUUUUUGCACAUUUUAAAAAUAAAGUUGUUCAAGUGAUUUUGAAUGCUAUUCACAAAUGUAUUUCUGAUUUCUUCUUGAAGGGAGGGUCAACAUAAAUGUCACAAAAAAAAUCAACUUCAUUAAUAGUGUGAAGGACAGCAAGGAUGACGAUCUUUACUUAAGCAGUAUGGGGUGUAAUUUAAAAUAUUAAUUAUUUGCUUAUGAUAUACUUUUAGUCUAUCAUGUCUGAGAAAAUGCAACCAUCUUUGUCUUUAUGUAACAACUGGUCUGGUUUUAAAAAUGCUUACAUUUUAAAUGUGGUCUCUCGUGGACAAACUGGAGGGAGGGCUGUUAAGUGGAGGGAAGUUUGUUCUGCAGUGGAGCACAGAAUGGCCCUUUUUGCCACUUUGGCAAGCAAAAAACACACGCAUGGAGGUGAAGGCGUGCAUCAAAAAGGCAUGCAUUUAUAUUGACAAAUCAAGUCACAGGCCUAAAAGUUCACUAAAAACUAAACAAAAGAAGGCUACAAUUAAAAAGUUUUUCUUUUUUUUACAAAACAAAAGGAUGCCGAAUUCAUCACAUUUUAAACUACAAGUUAUAAAUUUGGAUGAACAUUCAGGGUCUGCCCCAAUUUCUACACUUAAUG